UUUGUUUUUAUUAACAUUCCUGCACUGCCUUAUUUGCUGAAAAGUCAGCAAAACAUGUUCAUUAUUAAGGUAUGGAGGAAAAGUUUCACUCCAGGAUUUUAUACACAAGGCAUUUAUCAUGGACUUGCCAUUUCCGACUCAUGAUUGUCUACAGAUGUCUUAGAAUUCUGUGUUUAAAGAGCAAGUGUAGUGAGGUUUUUUAAAGCGGAGAAAAUGGAGCAUUUAUGCCCAAAAGCAAAAGAAAACGCUGUUAUGUUUUGUUCAAUUGUGUCAUUUUGCCAUAGUGCAGCGCCACCUAGAGAUUAUGCAGCAGAAAACUAGGGAAGGGAAACAGGAUUAAAAACGGAUUAACUGCCUUGUCUAGAAAAAUGUUCAAAUAUGAGGGAAUACUUUUCAUAAAAUGGCACCUGGAACAAGUUGUACAAACACCGUUCAAAUGCAUGGGGAAUGCAGUUCUCCCACCUGAAAACCACUGUGUUAGCCAAAUGCAGACUUAAUCAAUUAAUUAAUCAAUUGAAACAUGUAUUGAUAAUCUAUGGCAGCCUUCCCCAGCCUCGCUGGUUUGAUAGGGUGGUCUAACAAAUCUGGAGCAACCCAGAUUGUGGGAGGCUGGAUCAAAGGGUAUAUAUUUGUCCACAUUACCUCAGUUAUCAGAUCCAACCUUGUAGGGUUAUUGUAAAUCUCCAUGCAGUUACUCGGAGGAUUUCUUUUUGUUUGAUUAGGGUUGGCCAAUGGUUUGUUGCUUUGGUGCAACGUAUCAGAAGUGUAGAAGUAGUUGUAAAGCAUGCGGUGCUGGCAAGCAGGAGAGCUGCCCAUUCUGUGCCUCACAUGGACCCUUGAAAGGGAGUCCCCAUAAGACCAUCAAGUCCAGGAUCUCAAAUGUUCUAGCGGCAGCACUGCAGGGAGACUGAAAGGGCAAAUGUGAGCCCAUGCGGGCAUGGCUGAUGAUAGGACAGGUGUGAGGAUCUGGAAAGGUCAGCGUGUGCUCACGUGUCGGACAGGUGUCGGACCGUUGAUAGGAUUCUGAAGGAAUCCCUCCCUCCACCUGCCCUCACCUUCUCCACCCCAUCUUGCUUUGGCCCCUGUAUUCUCCAGGUUACAUUCCUCUUUCGUUUUGGCAGCUGCAGAAUGAAAAUAUGUAGACCUUAGAUCCCCACCAGCCCGUCUCCAGACAGCCCUUCCAGGGGUCUGGCCCUGCAUACGCAGCGCAAGUAUCAGGGGCUUUCUCCGAGCGCACGCUGUGAGUUUGGAAACAUUCUGCCAUCCCGCCUUUUCCGGCCACUUUUGGGUCCCUGACCCACGGGUCAGCGGCACAACCCAAUUUUGGGCAGAUUUUGCUUGCCUUCCAGCAACACCCGUUCCAGGGGUCCGGCCACAGCGCCGGCGCACCACAGGUAUCAGGGGCCCUCUGCGAGCAAACACUGUGAGUUUGGAAGAUUCUGCCAAUCUGCCUUUUUUGGCCACUUUCGGGGCCAGUGUCACGGGCCGAUUUUGGGCAUUUUGGGCAGGUUUUGCUUUCCUUCCCACAACGCCCCUUCCAGGGGUCUGGCUAAAGCGUCAAUGUACCACAGGCAUCAGGCCCUCCUCUCUUGAUGCAUGUCGGCCACUCUAACCCCUCUCCCACGCAAGCGCCGCUUCCUCCUUCUCGCCAGCCUGGCUUCCUAUCGUUCGAGCGGCAGGUCCGGCGCCACCACCUCUGCACGGCUGACGGCCGGAGACGGCGCUACCUGCAGAUUUCAGCGGGCGGCACAGUGAGCGGCUCCGGCUACCACAGUCCGUACAGUGAGUGUUUGGAGGAACUCUCGCAUCUGAGUCACAGGCAGAUUUUGAGCCGGGCAGGGCUCUCUGGGCAGAAAUCUCUCCAGCCACCAUGGAUCGAAGUAGGAACUCUUGCAGGUGCAAGGUGGAGUAUCGCUGUAGGAUGGGCUGCGCCUUCAGACAUCCAGUGAUUGCUCCAAUGAGCCUGUCCUCCUUCCAGGGCUCACUGGGGCAACCCAAUGCACAGAGGCGCAGAGCGUGCCGGCGGGGUUGGUGCGCAGAGCGGCGUUGGGCGCGCACCUGCGGAGGGUCCGUGCCCCGCUAAGGCCGGCGAUCGAGAGCUCCCUGCAGUUCCUUUGCUUCUUCGCUGUCGCAAGUGACUUGUUCACCUGUUCCCUGCUCUGCCUCUGGGUGAGGAGGACGAGCAGAGGCUGCUGCUUCCUUGCUCAGUGGCUAUUUGUAUCAGGUAAGCACACGGUGGCAAUGAAAUGCGCAGGAAGAGCAGGUGGUGGUGAGGGAAGUGACAAGGUAGAUUCAGUGAGCAGCAGGGGGGCUGGUGAGGAUGUCUUGCCCAAGGGCUCCCCAAAAUCUGAACCCAAAACUGGGUGCUGCUUUUGAUCUAGAAUGCUCUGUUAGGCCUGGGGCUAGGCUACCUGAAGCUUACCUGCCCUUCUAGGAGCCUUCCUGUGUUUGAAGAUCUUCUGGGGAGACUCUACUCUUGGUCCAGCUGCCACGGGAAGUAUUUUUGGUAGGGAAGUGAAGGAGGGGCCCCUGCAGCCUCUUCCAAGCUCAGGGAUACCUUGACAGACUCUGUGAAUUCUCUGUUCUGCCUCUGCCAGCAGUCAAAGGCAUUUUAUUCAGGGAAGACUUUGGUCAGUUCUGUGCAGAAGGAACUGGUCGGAUGCUGGUUCAGUGCACUUAUUGUUGGUGCUUUUAAUUUAUUAGUUCUUAUGUUAUGUUUUAAAUAACAUACUUGUGGACAGGGAAUGUUGGUUAUUGGGCAGAUUCAAAAUAUAAUUAAUAAAUACAAUGGUAAAAUAAUAAGGGUGAGAUAGGAUUAAAUAAGGAAAAUAUGGGAAGGAAACCAGUUGGAGAAAUGGUGGCUAUCUGCAGACACACUGAGAGAUUUAGAGAUAUCUAUUUGUCGUCUGACUUUGAUCUGAAAACCCUCCAGAUAUUACAGGUAGGGGUGACUCAUGGACCUGAAAAAUCUGACGAGCAAAAGACCUUGGCUCCAGGAUUCCUGGAUUUUGCUUCCUCACCUGUUCUUUCCGGGCUUUCUUUCAGGUUUGAUGGAACUCAAAGCUGUAAAGAGAGGAAUUAUUGUUAUAUGGGCCCCGGAGACUUCAAGGUUUCUCUGCAUGGACCACACUGGACACCUCUACACCUCAAUAAGUUUGAUGCCCGCUAUCGAUUGUUUGGGAAAUAGAUGGUAUGGAGGCAAGAACUACAGUCAGAGAAAUCAGGAAUCUGGUGUUCAUGCCGUACAGCUUAAAAAUGUUACUCAAGGCUGCUCCACCGGGUUUCUUAAUUUUAUAUCCUACCAGGAAGAGGCCUGCAACUUCCGUGAAACAAUUCUCCAAGAUGGCUACAACGUCUACUUUUCUGAAAGCUACAACCUCCCGAUCAGCCUCAGCUCAAGAAGGAACCUGAGUCCAGACCAGCCUUUGCCUCCUUUUUCCCAGUUCCUGCCCUUAGUCAACAUGAUCCCCCUUGAACCUGAGUCUGUAGAUGACACUUCUCAGAACCAGGAACCUGAUGUUGAGUCUGAUGACCCCUUCAACAUGCUUGGCAAAAAACCAUGAGCCCAAAUUAUCUCUCUUGGUAGUUCUGGAACCCCUGAAUC